CAAGAACAAGCAGCCGUUCUGCUUUGCUCCGCAGCGGCGCCGUGUCCCUGCUCAGCAUGGAUUCUGGAAAGGCCACGGUAUCUCCUCGAUCUUCCAACACGUGGAAAUGGUUGAAGCUGAGCGGACUACUGUCCAUGUUGGUUGUCGGUGCCCUAUGCGGAAUUUACGUCCGAUCGGGCCACAAAGGCCUGACAGCGCACAAGUCGAAGGACCGCAACCUCGUCAUCGCCGCUCAGCGAGCGUCUCCGGCUGAGAGCACACGCGCUGGCGGACUCCAUGCGGGUGACGUUCCGGCUGGUCAAACACCUGUCACCACGGAGUUGACGGCGGCGGUGAAGCGUGCAACUCACCGCGGUCGCCACAAACCUCCGCGAAAUCGAAAAGCACAUACAGGCGCAAGUGUCGAAGACCAGGAAAGUGUAGAGUACGCCACCGAUGAUGGCGUGAAUCCAACCGAAAAAAGAGGACCUCUAGGGCGUCCCACCAAACCUCGCGGCCACAGAGCCUCGCGAUCCGGAGUUGGAGAAAGAGAGGAAGCUGGAAAUGCCACCACGGCUGGUGAAGAGACACCGACAAGAAUUGAGGUCAAAAGGCACGAGACGGGUGCGAAUGGCACAGAGACUGGCGACUAUACUGGCACAAGUUUUGUAGCUGAAAAUACAGAACCUCUUGGACAUACCAGCUCGAGUGGCGAGCAUAAUUUAUCUGGUGCUGGCAAUGCACAAACCCAGUUUCAUGAUUAUACCACCGAUUCGGGCAACCGCAUACGGACGGAUACUGGAGAUGAAGACAUGCAAACAACGAGCAACACCGAAAGCGCUAGCGACGUUACUGUGGUGGUUUCUGCGGCUUUUGAAAAUGAGGAAACAGAGUUACCUUCUGCGGCUUUUGAAACUGAGGAAACAGAGUUACUUGUACACACCAGCACAAGUGGAGGCUUCAUUGCCACUGGUUCUGGAGCUGCAGUGACGGAACAAAUAGCGAAUACUAGCAAGGCCGGCGACCGUACUCCAACAAGCUCGGAAGCUGGGGAAACGAAAUCGACCAAUAUUACUGACACACCUGGCGACUACACAGCAAUGAAUGCAGGAGCUGGAGAGACGGAACCACUUGAGAGUAGCGCAACACAUAGCAACCAUGUUGUCACCGAUACUGGACCUAACGGGACAGUAGCACACGGAAAUGCUACCAGGGCCAGUGACCAUUAUUCCACGAGUACUGGAACUGACGAGAUGGAAGCACUUGCGAAUACCAUCAGUGCCCUUGGCCAGCCUAGAAUGGCUAUUGCCAGCGGAGACGGACCCACUGCUAUGGAUAUUGCUGGAACGAAUCCGCGGGAACUACCCAAAGCUUUUACCGUAAUCGGAUACGAUCCACAUACACGCGGCCGACCUCCGACGGUAGAUGCAGGCCACGAUGACAUCACGAAGCCCCCGCCAAGUCGCGCCCCCAUGAUCUGCGUGUUUGGCGACGAGCUGCGGUCGUGGAUGAAGUUUCCCCCGGACGGACUCUGUGACUACAUCUUCUUUGACGCCAUGGAGAAGGAAGGAGGCAACAAGCUGGGCGGUCCGUACCAAGAAAACUUCCGGCACUUCCUUGACAUGGCCGCAGUGUACACGACAAGCGAGUUCGGCGUCGGUUUUGAGUACACGAGCUGGUCUACCGUACACAAACUGAUCAAGGAGCCUGACGCGGAGCGACAGCUGCGUGAUCUCGUGACUAAAAAAAUUGCGCACUUUGGAUUCUUAAAUACUCACGUCUACAACUUUGGUGUCCGGGACCUCAUAGGACUCCUACAAAUUCUCAAGACAGUGUCGGCUCUGAUGGAAUACAGGAGGAUUGCGAUGCAGCCGUGCCACACGGUGUUAGCCACUGCGCUUCCAGACCGCGAAUGGAUGAUGCGAACAUUGCGUGGCUUUGGAACAAUAUUCUUGCCGGAUAUUCUCAUAUCUAUAGGAACACUGUUCGUGGAUGACAGUGCAGCCGCUGGCUGUUUGACCUUGCCUGCAAAUUUCCUUUCCGUGCCUCCGUCACCUGCUUACUUCUUCAGCAUGGGUACUGCAUUGGACGGCCUCAAUGAGAUGCGCGUCAACGAAGUGUCCUCAGUGAUGGCGAUCUCACUGGCGCUCUCCGGCCGGUGGUACGCGCCCGCGUAUCCGGACCCGCAUGUGAAAGACCGCCCGGGCAAUUUCUCCCUCCUGCAGCGAUGCGCCAAGAUACCCGAAAAGCAGAUGGACAGCAUCGUUAAGGUGUGCAAGAACACAAGCUUCUCAUCGAAAGUUGUUGACAGGCAACAAAAUACGGCCUACGUGUACAGCAAGGAUUUGCUCAGAAUGUUUGUAUACGACGACGAAGAAACCUUUCGGUAUAAGGUUUGCACCUCCAAGAAGGAGAUGACCGCGGUCAGGUACGGCCUCGCCGUAUAUGGUCUGGAACACGCUGAUGGGAACGGCAUGUGUGGUGGAGGAAGCUACCCACGUCUCCACGCAUUGAAAGCUACACUGGACUUCAUCACGAACAAGUUCCACGACCCCGCCGCUGUAGAGGAAUGUCUUAACGCGACGGAGACUACAACCGCCAAAUCUACGACAUCAAGCUUGGCGUUGACGACGGAAACUGCCAGUGCAACUACGGCAGUUUCUAAAAGCGCGGACAAUAUGGAACCUACUACUGCCGCAAAGCCAUCCACAACUACUACUGGCACAGCGACAGUGGCUUCAAAAACUACAACUCCAGAACCCAGGACUCCUGUACCAUUAAUAUGCACUUUAACUGACCAGCUACUAACCUCUAUGAAACUACCAGAAGAUGGCCUUUGUGACUUCGUGUUCUUCGACUCCUUGGAGAAGCAUGGCGGUAGCACUAUUGCAGGGCCACCAAACGAAGGCUUCGAGCUCUUCCUUGAAGCUGCCGCAAAGCACCACCUAACUCAAUUUGGAGUCGGCCUUGACUACUUGAACUACCAAAAGGUUGAAAAAAUCAUGGCUAAACCAGAGACUACAGCUCACUUGCGAAAGCUGUGGGACUUGAACAUUUCACAUUACGGCAUACUCAACACGCAAGUCUACGACUAUUCAAUGGAAAAUGUCUCUAGUUUGCUGCACAUUCUGCAGAAAGUCUCAGUGUUCCUCAAAGAGCAGCAAUCAACGGAUGCACCUGUUGCUGGGAAAGCUCAGCGAAAGGGAUACACGUUUCUAGCAUCUGGAUUUGCGACCUUCCAGUUCACAUCGGAGACGGCUCGCCGAAUGAAUGACAUUUAUACACCUGACUACGUGGUUGGCAUCGGCCAUCUUUUCCAAGAAGACAAAAAUUUCGCCGACUGUCGAAUCGUACCCCCGAAUCUCCGAUUUGUACCCCCAGAGGACAGCUAUUUCUACAGCCUGGAAACAGCAGUCGAAGCUCUGCACGGCUUGCGCUCCAGUGGCCUGCGCUUCAAAGCUGCAGUUUCGGUGGCAAUGUUCGGCCGAUGGUACAAACCCAGGCAUCCGGACCCAAAGGUCACGAAGAGACCUGGCCACUACGGGGCCCUACAAUUAUGUACGUCAAUUCCAGAAUUUCAGCUGGACAGCAUAGUGAAGGUAUGCACCAACCCCAGCUACUCGAAGAAAGUCUUCGUCAGAGGAUUGAACACCGAGUACGUGUUCAACAAGACACUCGAGAGGACAUUCAUCUACGACACAGAAGAAUCGCUUCGAUAUAAGCUGUGUGGCAGCAAGGUGUCCUGGACAUCAUUUUCGUACGGUUUCGCCGCCUACAACAUCGAAUACUCAGAUGGGACGAAUCUCUGCGGAAGGGGCCAGUUCGCGAGACUUCGGUCGCUCAAGAGAGUGCUACGAUACUUCGAUGAGAAGUUCACGUCUCCGGACCAGUAUGACUCCUGUGCAAACAAGACAAUUCAUCCUCAAAGCACUACACAUUCUCCCACGGCUGAACCGUCCUUAAAAGUAGUGACGCACAAGGAUAUUCCAGGUGCAAACAAGACUAUUCGUCCUCAACGCACUACACAUUCUCUCACGGCUGAACCGUCCUUAAAAGAGACGGCGGUUACCGCAGAGUUCACUGAGAAAAUUCUCUCCACGCCGACGGAAACAGUGACCGUCACCAACACUUCUAAAGACGCCGAGCCAACCGAUGAUGAGUGGUUCCCACCUCCAGUCACACAAGGCCCAGCGAGGAGACCAAUUCCGUCAGGGGAAGUCACAAGCUCCUCGCCACUACACUCGGUGCCCAGGGACGUUUCAACUCAACGUGUUGGCUCCACUACUCAUGUCAAUGGGACGUCAAAGGGUUCAAGCAGCGCAUCAGUCUUUGAUGGUAGAACGACUGCAACCGACAGCAUGUCAGUAGCGACGAGGAGUAUGUCCAGGCAUGGUGGGUCAUCGACACAGCUCAGCAGCGUGUCAUUCAAGGCUGGCGACCAUUCAAGCACUGCUGGUUUUCCGUCAAUGCCAUAUGGAAAUCGCUCUUCAGCUGGGCGUACAGAAAGCAUUGCCAGCGUUGGAUCGAUGUCUGUCUCUAGUGCACAAUCGGAAACCAAGAGCGGAGAAGCGGAAGUGACCAAACCUUUGCCGGAAUUGUCUGAACCCAUUCCCUCGCAACCUCCUCCACCGCUCAUCUGCGUCUUCGAGGACCGAAUGAACACGACGAUGGAAUUCCCGGAAGACGGGCUGUGUGACUACGUCUUCUAUUCUCCAUUUGAGCCCAACAAUGGCAUGGGUCUGACAGGCCCAUUUAACGACAAGCUUAAGCACUUCUUAGUCAACGCAAUGACACAAGAGGCUACACAGUACGGACUUGGACUUGACUUCAAUCGCAUCGCAGACCACAAGCAAGUACUGGAACGACCGGACGCCCUUUCGAUUCUUGAGAAUAUAACGAAAAGAGGCAUUUCUCAUUUCGGCUAUCUGAACACAAUACAGUAUGGUUUUGGAAAGCAACACCUGAAGGCUAUGCUGACGAACCUUAAGGAACUUUCCGAAGUUCUUUCGCCGAAGAGGACUGCCCUGCGACCCAUCUACACCGUAUUAGCCCUGGGCCUGCCAACAUUUGGAUGGGUUAGGAUGACCGCGAAAUAUUUUGAGCGUUACUUCAAGCCCGACAUCGUCGUUUCUUUAGCCCACCUCGUUGUCGAGGACAAGCACUUGGCGGACUGCACCAUUAUGCCACCGACGUUCCUGUAUUUGCCUUACGCGAAGAGUUACGCGUACAGCCUGAUGACUGCCCAUCAAGCAGUCAAGGAAAUGAAACACCUGAGCCCGAAUGUUACGAUGGCUGUGUCCGUGGGGCUGUAUGGACGUUGGUACAAGCCUUCUAACGGAAAAACACUGGACACCAGUCCGCACAAGAAGUAUUCGGUCCAGAAAGAGUGCGCUGAUAUUACAGAAUUCCAGCUCGGCAACGUCGCGGACGUAUGUAAAAGUCCAAAUUACCAGAAGACGUACUACGACGAGGCACAUCACGCAAUGGUGGCCUAUAAUGAAGACCUUGAACGAAUGUUCGUGUACGACGAUGAGAAAGCUUUGAAUGCUAAGCUAUGCAGAGCGAAGCAGUUUUACUACAACUUCAAAUAUGGCGUUGCGGCCUACAACCUGGAGUACGCGGACGGCAGUGAUGUGUGCGGCACGGGCGAGUUCCCCCGAAUCCGUGCCCUGAGAAGAAUUACCAAGAGCCUGGCGCAAGCUUUCAAGUCACCACUCAGCGUCAAAGACUGCCCAUACGAUGACCUCGGCCCAUACGAUGACCGCGGCCCACACGAUGACCGCGACUCGACUAAACAAGUCCCCACAGCUACACGCCAUCAGACGCCGUUGAUCUGCGUGUUCUCGGAUCGGCUGCAGCCUCCAAUGAAGCUUCCUACGCCCGGGCUCUGCGACUAUGUCUACUUUGACUCGAUGGAGUUGAAGAGCGAUACCACCGGGAUGAGCGGUACCUUGCAGAAAAGCUUCCAAUACUUUCUAAUGCUUGCCCUGGAAAACAAGAUGCGCGCCGCAUACGGAAUCGGCUUCAACUACCAAUCACUGAAAAGCGCAACGGCGAUGUUUGAGAGCGCUGAGACCAAACGGGAGGCCACCUAUGUUUUGCAUAGAUUCUGGGCACGUGGCAUAACUCACUUCGCCUACCUGAAUGCUCCAGCCACUCAUUACAACAUGAACGACUUCAAGAUGAUGCUCUCAGUACUCAAGCAUAUCAACAAUGAAUUGAAGGUAAAAGGCAACGCAUUACGACCAGUUGAAACCACCGUGGCGACGGUACUUGCCGACGAGAAAUGGACCAUAUCCGCCAAGAUGUACUUGAGGGAAGUCUUUACGCCUAACAACUUGAUUGUAAUCGGCCACUACUUCACCGAAGAUAAACAGUUUGAAGAUUGCCUCAUCGUCCCGCCUACGUUCCACCUCAAGCCGCCAGCGGAAACUUACUUUUACACCUUGGAUACGGCCCAUGAGCAGGCCGAGCAACUCGCAACCAAUGCAAAAAAGAUGGUAGUCGUAGUUUCUGUAUCCAUGGCAGGACGCUGGUACCAACCCACGUACCCUGACCCUAAUGUCAUUGAUAAGCCUGGCAACUACUCUUUCUUCAAGAAGUGUGACGACUUCGAAGGAUCUCAGACUGGAGACAUCACAGAGGUAUGCCGAAAUGCGAGCUACAAGAAUUAUCACGACAACGGUCUGCCUGCAGACAUGUAUUACAGCAAGUCCUUGGUCCGACUCCUCGCUUACAACGGGAGAGAGUCCCUGCGUGAACAGCUGUGCACUAACAAGGUGAGGCUCAGCAGCAAGAAGUACGGCAUAGCCGUGUACGACGCGCAGUACGACGACUCCCUGAACCUCUGCGGCCGAGGAAGCUAUCACCGGAUCUCCACGCUCAAGGGCGUUGUCGACGCUCUCCGCUCUAGCGCGCCCGGAAAAACCAGCGCGGAAGAUUUGGAGAAUUGUUUGAAUCAUACCGAUCACAUCAGCACCGAAUCCACAAGCGCCUCAAAGGUGGAACCCAAAACACCGGUAACCGCCGCGAUGCCUACUUCCAACACCAGCGCUUCUUUGGCCUCAGCGGCUACUACUACUAAGACGCUCACGGGUUCGUCAAUCGUUUCGACAACGCAAGAGCCUACCACAAGAGAAGCAAUGACGCCGCCUGAAGAUCGUGCCCCGUCUUCUCCUUUCAUUUGCAUCUUCAGCGACCACCUCGAUGUGUCUAUCAGCUUACCCGAAGACGGAUUGUGUGAUUUCGUCUUCUUUGACGCGAUUCACAAGAAAGGGGGAACUCUUCUGCAAGGACCGUUCAAAGAAAACUUUGCGCAUUUCCUCAGUGCUGCUGCGCAACAAAUUAACACGAAGUACGGCGUCGGCUUCGACUACGGAAACUACCAGGAAGUCCGCAACAUCCUGAUGAAGCCGAACGCUCCUCACGUGUUGCGCGCUUUGACUACCCGUGGAAUUCGUCAUUUCGGAUUUCUCAACACUGAGGUAUACCACUUCGACAGCAACGACCUGAAGGCGCUUAUCGUCAUCCUCAAGAGGCUUUCUGAUGUGCUGAGUGAAUUAGCACACACUGUUCAACCGAUGUACACGGUCCUGGCUACUUCAUUUGGAGGAACAGCCUGGGUUCCGGUGGCAUCCCACAUGUUCCGGACCAUAUACACGCCGGACAUGGUCAUCUCCAUCGGGCACUUCUACAGCGAAGACCGGAAGAUGGGCGGCUGUCUGAUAGUGCCACCGACAUUCCUUUACGUGCCGCCCAACAGCACCUACUACUACAGCCUGACGACCGCCCACGAGGUCGUCCAGCAACUGUUCGACGAGGGCGUCCGCACAUCGCUGUCUGUGUCCGUGGGAAUGUACGGCCGCUGGUACAAGCCGCUCUACAGCGACCCCGAUGAAGUCGACCGGCCCGGAAACUACUCGCUCCUGCAGAGCUGCGCAAAUAUUCCCGAGAGCCAGGUCGACUCCAUACGGAAGGUGUGCAAGAACGUCAACUUCACCCGGUCCUAUCACGACAACUUCCUGCACGCCGACGUGCUCUACAACAAGACUGCUCAAAGAUUGUUCACGUACGACAGCAGCCUUGCUUUUUCGUACAAGCUGUGCCGGUGCAAGCGUGAACUGACGAAGUACCAGUACGGAAUCGCCGCCUUCAAUGUCGAGGACAGCGACGACAGAAACGUCUGUGGCCACGGAAGCUACAGCAGGCUACAGACACUGCGGGCCAUCGUCGAAUUUUGUCGCACGAAGUACCAGCAGGCCAGCGACUAUAAACAUUGCUUCGAACAAACGAAGCCGAAGGAGCAGUCUGAUACCUCGGCAAAAGCACCUGCCACAACGGCAGGCUUCGAAGCAAUGACGCCGAAGGAGCAGCCUGCUACCUCGGCGAAAGCACCUGCCGCAACGACAGCAUCGAGUACAGGGUCAGGUCUACCUACACCCAAGCCGCCACUUGCGCCUCCCCUGAUAUGCACCUUCGGUGAUGCCAUGACCGAAAAUACGCCGUGGCCCGAAGACGGGCUCUGCGACUAUCUAUUUUACACGGCGCUGGGAAAGAAAGGAGGCAGCCAGCUGUCCGGAGAACGCAAGAGCAACUUCAAUCGCUUCCUUGUAGAAGCAAUGAAGCAGUUCCUCACCAGCUACGGCGUAGGGUUCGACUACGGAAAUCGCGAGGAAAUUGUCAAAAAUGUGGCAACUGAAGCUGCCAGAGCUGAUCUCAAUACCCUCUGGAACAACGGUAUUUCCCAUUUCGGUGUGCUAAACACGGAAGUAUACUACUACAAUUCGGAAGAUCUGACUACAUUGCUGGAAAUAUUAAACCACGUGUCAAAGGCCCUUAAGCUUCGAUCACGGGAAAUGAGGACUAUGCACACCGUGUUGGCUUUACCCUUGGCAACAACGGAAUGGAGGAGAGUUGCUUCAAAGGCCUUCAGAUCAAUUUACAUGCCGGACAUCAUCGUGUCAAUAGGCCACUUCUUCUCACAGGAUCGGGAAAUGGGAGGCUGCCGAAUCGUUCCGCCAACAUUUGUCUACGUCCCACCAACCGCCGACUAUUACUACAGUCUCAUGACGGCUCAUGAAGCAGUGACGGCAAUGUACAGUUUGCGCGUCACUGCAAGGAUGGCUGUCUCAGUAGGUAUGUUCGGCCGAUGGUACAAGCCACUCGAGCCUGAUCCUGAAGUUAAAGACCGACCCGGGCAAUACUCCAUAUUGGAAAAAUGCGCCUACAUUGAAGAAGACCAGAUAGGAAGCUUGCCUUUGGUCUGCAAGAAUUCCAAUUUCAGCGCAGUCUACAAUGACCCAGUAGAUCACGCGAAGGUUGCAUACAAUAAGACACUGGAAAGACUCUUUGUAUACGACGAUGACGAAGGGUUGCGGUAUAAGCUUUGCUUGUGCAAGCGUUUCUUUACCAGUGCCAAGUACGGGAUAGCCGCAUAUAACCUUGAACACGGAGAUGGCGCCGAGGCCUGUGGCCUUGGGCCAUAUCACCGGAUACACACCCUAAAGGAGAUACUCCGCUUUAUCAACAACCAAUACGAGUCUCCCUCGGACUUCACUCGCUGUUUGAACGGAGAGAAGCCAUCUCCCACACCUCGAACGGAUUCUUUACCUACGGCCACGUCACCAGAAGCGCCACAGCCAACCCGGAUGCAUUCGACAGCCUCGUGGCCAGCAGGGUCUAAGCAGCCGGCAACAACUACACAACUUAAUGCUAUAACAGGGCAAUCUACAGCGACAACGCCUGCACCUCAUGUGCCCCCGAUGGCCGCCCCUCUCAUCUGCGUGUUCGGACGCCGUACGAGGCCGACGGCGAUCUUUCCCGAAGACGGGCUGUGCGACUACACGUUCUUCGACUCGUUCGAGACGAGCGCCGGCGCCUCCUCGGGGGUCCUCCGCGGCCGAGCGAUCGCCGCCUACACGGCGCAGUUCGAGACCUUCCUCACGGCUGCCUCCAAGUGCGAGAGGACGCAGUUCGGCGUCGGAUUUGACUCUAAAAAUUAUGCAGAACUGCAAGCGCUUCCAACUCACCCGAGCACUCGUCAAAAUCUGGACAACCUGUGGAACCGGAAGGUCUUCCACUAUGGUUUCUUAAAUGUGGAUGAUUUCAAGCACAACGACGCAGACUUGGAAAGCAUGCUGCUUGCACUCAAGGAACUGGCCUCAUGGAUGAAUACACGAAGAACUCCUGCCCGUGCGGCGCACACAAUUCUGGCCAUGAACUUCAAUCCUCACUUUUUGGAGCUGAUGAGAAACGAGAACUUCAUACCCGACAUCUUGGUGUCACUGGGCCACUUCUUUCAUAAUGACCAGGCUUUUCCAAAGUGUUUUAUCGUUCCACCCACGUACCUGAAAUAUCCAGCAGAGAACACGUAUCCUAUUAGCAUGCGAACAGCUCACGACCGCAUCAGGCAGUACCGGGCUGCGGGCAUCGACUCUACGAUGGCCGUGUCGGUCACCAUGUACGGUCGGUGGUACAAGCCUAUGUGGUCGGACCCGGCCGUCGUCGACAAGCCCGGAAACUAUGGCGUGCGUCACAGGUGCACAAUCACAGGGCGUGAAUCCCAGCUAGGCAGCAUCCUUGAGCUCUGCACAAACAAGACUUCCAAGACCUCGUACUACGACGACGAGGAACACGCGACAGUUAUGUACAACAAGGAGCAGCAGUUCACAUUCGUCUACGACGAUCCCGUUUCUUUACGUUAUAAGCUUUGUACGUGUAAAAGUGAAAUGAUUGGUUACGAGUACGGCGUAGCCAUUUACGACAUGGAAGGCGCAGACGACUACGGAGUUUGCGGGAACGGAACUUUCUUUCGCCUUAAGGACCUCAGGAGCACCCUGGACUUCAUCCGGGACACAUUCACCUCGCAACAGGUGUACGAAAACUGCAUCGAUCCUUCAAAGCCACUGCCCCUUUCAACGAGGGGCGUCCCCACUACGGUACAAGCCACAGUGCCGCCCGUGAAUGUCGACAAGCCUCUGCAGUCCCCACUGAUCUGCACAUUCGGAAUCAACUUUACCGCGAACACACCUUUGCCCGAUGACGGCCUUUGCGACUACAUUUUCUACACUACCAUGGACAGCGAGGGCGGAUCAAGCUACUCCAUUUUCAAAGAGGACUUUCUGCAUUUCUUGUCGGCGGCUUCGGGCGCGCACUCCAAGACUAAAUACGGCGUUGGAUUCAAUUACGACAACCGAGAGCAAAUGAAGCAAACGUGGCUUAGUCAAAGCGGGGAUAAGCUGCUCGAGCUUUGGAAGCGUGGAAUUUCUCUUUUCGGAUACCUGGACACCCCGCCAAACUAUUUCAACAUGGACAGUGCCAAAAGUCUGCUCCUGAACAUAAAAGGAAUGGUAGAAUUGCUGCGUCCAGCUGCAGUCGGACGGCGGCCCUUCACCGUGUUCUCGGCCGUCAUCGCUCGACCUCUGUGGGGUGCUCCGCUUGCGAAGGCGUUUCAGGAAAUCUAUCAGCCCGACAUUGUUGUGUCGUUGGGCCAUUACUACAUGCAAGACAAAGAAUGGGAAGCGUGCAUGGUCGUCCCUCCGACGCUUUUGGAACCGCCGUCUGGCAACGCUUACUUUUACAGCCUGGGAACUGCGCAUGAAGCAGUCAGAGACAUUGCGGACGCUGGUGCGCAAGUCGUGGUGGCUCCUUCGGUGGCUUUGUUCGGCCGCUGGUACAAGCCGUAUAGUGCGGACGACGAUGGCCAUCCCGGCAACUACCGUAUCUUCCAGGAGUGCGACGACAUUCCUGAGUACCAGAUGGACAGCUUUACCAAGAUAUGCCACAACGACUCCUUCACGAAAUCUCAAGCUACUGAAGUCCACUCGCAGUUUUUUUACAGCAAGGCUCUUGAGAGAAUAUUCACCUACGACAAUGGUGAUACAUACGUUUACAAGCUGGGUCACUUUAAGAAGAAACUGACAGAUUUCAAGUACGGUCUAGCAGCUUACGGCCUCGAGUUCGCCGAUGCCAACAAUUCCUGCGGUCUUGGAAAAUACCACGAAAUUCGGGUUCUGCGACAGUUGCUGUCCUGCUUCGAGAAAAAGUACUCUGCCGCUGCUGACAUGGAUAAUUGCCUCCAUCAAACUUUCCCGUCGCAGGCCGAUGAUCUUGCAAAUGAAGACACGACGUCGGCGUCACCAGGCAUCGAUCCUUCAAAGCCACUGCCCCUUUCAACGAGGGGCGUCCCCACUACGGUACAAGCCACAGUGCCGCCCGUGAAUGUCGACAAGCCUCUGCAGUCCCCACUGAUCUGCACAUUCGGAAUCAACUUUACCGCGAACACACCUUUGCCCGAUGAUGGCCUUUGCGACUACAUUUUCUACACUACCAUGGACAGCGAGGGCGGAUCAAGCUACUCCAUUUUCAAAGAGGACUUUCUGCAUUUCUUGUCGGCGGCUUCGGGCGCGCACUCCAAGACUAAAUACGGCGUUGGAUUCAAUUACGACAACCGAGAGCAAAUGAAGCAAACGUGGCUUAGUCAAAGCGGGGAUAAGCUGCUCGAGCUUUGGAAGCGUGGAAUUUCUCUUUUCGGAUACCUGGACACCCCGCCAAACUAUUUCAACAUGGACAGUGCCAAAAGUCUGCUCCUGAACAUAAAAGGAAUGGUAGAAUUGCUGCGUCCAGCUGCAGUCGGACGGCGGCCCUUCACCGUGUUCUCGGCCGUCAUCGCUCGACCUCUGUGGGGUGCUCCGCUUGCGAAGGCGUUUCAGGAAAUCUAUCAGCCCGACAUUGUUGUGUCGUUGGGCCAUUACUACAUGCAAGACAAAGAAUGGGAAGCGUGCAUGGUCGUCCCUCCGACGCUUUUGGAACCGCCGUCUGGCAACGCUUACUUUUACAGCCUGGGAACUGCGCAUGAAGCAGUCAGAGACAUUGCGGACGCUGGUGCGCAAGUCGUGGUGGCUCCUUCGGUGGCUUUGUUCGGCCGCUGGUACAAGCCGUAUAGUGCGGACGACGAUGGCAGUCCCGGCAACUACCGUAUCUUCCAGGAGUGCGACGACAUUCCUGAGUACCAGAUGGACAGCUUUACCAAGAUAUGCCACAACGACUCCUUCACGAAAUCUCAAGCUACUGAAGUCCACUCGCAGUUUUUUUACAGCAAGGCUCUUGAGAGAAUAUUCACCUACGACAAUGGUGAUACAUACGUUUACAAGCUGGGUCACUUUAAGAAGAAACUGACAGAUUUCAAGUACGGUCUAGCAGCUUACGGCCUCGAGUUCGCCGAUGCCAACAAUUCCUGCGGUCUUGGAAAAUACCACGAAAUUCGGGUUCUGCGACAGUUGCUGUCCUGCUUCGAGAAAAAGUACUCUGCCGCUGCUGACAUGGAUAAUUGCCUCCAUCAAACUUUCCCGUCGCAGGCCGAUGAUCUUGCAAAUGAAGACACGACGUCGGCGUCACCAGGCAUCGAUCCUUCAAAGCCACUGCUCCUUUCAACGAGGGGCGUCCCCACUACGGUACAACCCACAGUGCCGCCCGUGAAUGUCGACAAGCCUCUGCAGUCCCCACUGAUCUGCACAUUCGGAAUCAACUUUACCGCGAACACACCUUUGCCCGAUGACGGCCUUUGCGACUACAUUUUCUACACUACCAUGGACAGCGAGGGCGGAUCAAGCUACUCCAUUUUCAAAGAGGACUUUCUGCAUUUCUUGUCGGCGGCUUCGGGCGCGCACUCCAAGACUAAAUACGGCGUUGGAUUCAAUUACGACAACCGAGAGCAAAUGAAGCAAACGUGGCUUAGUCAAAGCGGGGAUAAGCUGCUCGAGCUUUGGAAGCGUGGAAUUUCUCUUUUCGGAUACCUGGACAUCCCGGCCUACUAUUUCAACAUGGACAGCGCCAAAAGUCUGCUCCUGAACAUAAAAGGAAUGGUAGAAUUGCUGCGUCCAGCUGCAGUCGGACGGCGGCCCUUCACCGUGUUCUCGGCCGUGAUCGCUCGACCUCUGUGGGGUUCUCCGCUUGCGAAGGCGUUUCAGGAAAUCUAUCAGCCCGACAUUGUUGUGUCGUUGGGCCAUUACUACAUGCAAGACAAAGAAUGGGAAGCGUGCAUGGUCGUCCCUCCGACGCUUUUGGAACCGCCGUCUGGCAACGCUUACUUUUACAGCCUGGGAACUGCGCAUGAAGCAGUCAGAGACAUUGCGAACGCUGGUGCGCAAGUCGUGGUGGCUCCUUCGGUGGCUUUGUUCGGCCGCUGGUACAAGCCGUAUAGUGCGGACGACGAUGGCAGUCCCGGCAACUACCGUAUCUUCCAGGAGUGCGACAACAUUCCUGAGUACCAGAUGGACAGCUUUGCCAAGAUAUGCCACAACGACUCCUUCACGAAAUCUCAAGCUACUGAAGUCCACUCGCAGUUUUUUUACAGCAAGGAUCUUGAGAGAAUAUUCACCUACGACAAUGGUGAUACAUACGUUUACAAGCUGGGCCACUUUAAGCAGAAACUGAUAGAUUUCAAGUACGGUCUAGCAGCUUACGGCCUCGAGUUCGCCGAUGCCAACAAUUCCUGUGGUCUUGGAAAAUACCACGAAAUUCGGGUUCUGCGACAGUUGCUGUCCUGCUUCGAGAGAAACUACUCUGCCGCUGCUGACAUGAAUAAUUGCCUCCAUCAAACUUUCCCGUCGCAGGCCAAUGAUCUUACAAAUGAAGACACGACGUCGGCGUCACCAGUCACGGCGGCCGUCGAGAAGCCUCUGGAGGCGCCCCUCAUCUGCACGUUCGGCGUCAAUUUCUCCGCGUCCACUCCGUUCCCCGAGGACGGACUGUGUGACUACCUGUUCUACACGACCUUCGACAGGGAUGGGGGAUCUAGCCUGGAAACAUUUCAAGAGGACUUUUUGCACUUCCUCACAGAGGCCUCUGCCGUACAGAGCAAAACAAAGUAUGGCGUCGGCUUCGAUUACAGCAACCGUGACAAAACGAAACGAACACUGCAUGAACCUGUCGGUGCCAAAGUUCGGGAUCUGUGGGAGCGGGGGAUUUCUCUUUUUGGAUACCUGAACACCUCGCCUUUCUACAUGGAUAGAUAUAGCCUCACGCAGAUGCUUCUAAAUAUAAAGUCAAUCGCGGAGCUGCUGCGCCCAAUUGCUAUCGGCCGGCCCUUCUUCACCGUGUUUGCAGCAGUGGCAUCCGGGAUGACAGAAGCUUCUCGUCUCUCCAAAGUCAUACAAGAGACGUACACGCCCGACAUCAUUGUCCCGCUCGGUCAUUACUUCAUGGAAGAUAAGGACUGGUCCCAGUGCCUGACCAUUCCUCCUACGCUUAUCUACGCCCCUCCUUACAGGGCAUACUACUACAGCUUGACUACCGCACACGACGCAAUCAAGCAGAUGGCUGAUGCCGGGAUGCACGUAGUAAUGGCACCGUCGGUGGCCAUGUUUGGCCGUUGGUACAAGCCUUACUAUCCGGACCCCAGCGACAGACCCGGCCCCGGCAACUACACUCUGUUCCAGGAGUGCGACUUUAUUCCUGCAUACCAGAUGGGCAGCGUGGCAGAGGUGUGCAAAAAUGACUCCUUCUACCGCUACUACGAGUCACGUGCGCAGGCUGAUGUUUAUUACAACAAGAAGCUUCAAAGAAUGUUCUUCUACGACAACGGGGAUUCCUAUCGCUACAAGCUUUGCUACCUAAAGCAGACCCUCACUAAUACCAAGUACGGCUUAGCGGCUUACGACCUCGAGUUUGCUGAUGCAAAGAACACCUGUGGCCUUGGAAGCUACCACGAACUUCGAGUACUGCGAGAGUUGCUCUCUUUCUUCAACGCAAGCUACUCUAGCCCCCGUGACUUCGAUAACUGCUUGCAUGGCGCGAACGAGUCGCUUGUAGGCCAAGCCCGUAAGGAGAUACCGCUGCACAAGGCGAAGAGGAGAGCCUCAGUAGGACCACGACACCCUCCCGAGUCGCCACUCAUAUGCACUGUCGCUGACACUAUGCGAACGAGCAUGAGCUUUCCCGAAGACGGCCUUUGCGACUACGUCUUCUUCGACUCCAUCGACAAGGUGGACGGCAGCAUGCCGCUGAUGGAUCCAUCGCAGGGCAGCUUCGUUCGCUUCUUGAUGGCUGCCGCACGACAGGACGCAACAGACUACGGAGUGGGUUUCGACUACGAGAACCGUGAGAACACGAAGCAGGCAUUGGCGUCGCCCGGCGGGAAAGCUCUGCUGCAGAAUCUGUUUUAUCGCGGUGUGUCCCAUUUUGGCUACGUCAACACGCCUGUGCACGAUUACGGUACACCCGAGCUUCGAACACUGCUAGAAAUACUCAAGAUGGUGUCUGUGCUGAUGCACCGGCAGACAGAUCCGGUAGUGUUCACGGCGCUAGCCACGAAAAUGUACACGCCGGUUUGGACCGCAGCGACGGCAUCUCUCUUCAAGAAGAUAUAUACUCCGGACAUUGUGGUUUCCAUUGCACACUACUUUGUCGAGGAUAAGAACUUCGAGGGCGGCCUGAUCGUUCCACCGACACUGCUGGAUUCUCCGUCCGACAUAUAUUUCCACAGUUUGGGGGCGGCACAUGCUAGUGUCGAGGGCUUGGCGCGUAGCGGCAUCAUCGCGAGCCUGGCCGUGUCGGUUGCCAUGUUCGGCCGCUGGUACCGGCCGCUCUACCCGGACCCGCAGGUUAAAGACCGGCCGGGCAACUACUCUCUGCUGUCGCUGUGCUCGGACAUGCCGGGACCACAGCUUGGCAGCGUCGUAGAGGUCUGCAAGAACCUGAGCUACACCAAUACCUACCACGACAGCAAGCUGUACGCUGAGGUUGCGUACAACAAGGGUCUUGAAAGGCUCUUCACCUACGACGACGACGAGUCUUUUCGUCAAAAGCUUUGCUUGUCGAAGAGCAACCACACUGGGGUGCAGUAUGGAGUAGCGGCCUACAACCUCGAGAAGGACGACACCGAGAACGCUUGUGGACAAGGCAGCUUCGCUAGGUUGCGCACCCUAAGGAAGUUGGUCGACUUCUUCAAGGACUCCUUUUCCUCAGCCAAGCUUCUUGAGGAAUGUCUCGAAAAAUCAUUCCCCACAACAGUGAAAGUGCCCCCGCCACCGAUGCCGUUGAUCUGCACCGUGGGCGAUGGACUCAAGCCCUCCAUGAUUUUUCCUGAAGACGGCCUCUGCGACUACACCUUCUUCGACUCGCUCGAGAAACAGCGAGGUGCGACCCUGGCCGGUCCGUACACGGACGCCUUGAAACGCUUCCUUGAUGCCUCAUCGAAAAGCGUCAGAACGCAAUACGGAGCAGGAUUUGACUACGUGAAUAGCCGGCGUGUCAAGGACCUUCUCUCCAUGCGAGACACGAUCUCUCACCUUGACAGCCUCUGGAAUCGGGGCGUGUCCCACUACGGUGUGGUGAACACACAGGUGUACAGUUUUGGCAGUGAGAAACUGGAUGAACUUCUGGCGAUCCUGGAGGCACUGUCACAAAUCAUGGACGAGAAAAGCAGAGUGGUACGCCCAAGCUACACCAUCCUGGCAACUCCUGUAAUGCCGGGACCAUGGACUGAAGUGGUCACCGAUCGCUUCAAGAGAAUGUACGCGCCCGACAUUGUCGUGUCACUGAGCCACUACUUCUACGAGGACCGAGACCUGGCCGACUGCGUCAUGGUUCCGCCCACGUUCCUUAAGUCACCACCCUCGCGUGACUACAUUUACAGCAUGGAGACGGCGCACGAAAGCAUCCGGGUCCUGUUGUCAAGUGGCGUGAACGCGUCCAUGGCCGUGUCUGUGGCCAUGUUCGGCCGGUGGUACAAGCCCCUGCACCCAGAUCCCGAAGUGAAGGACAGGCCGGGAAACUACUCGCUGUUCCAAAGCUGCGACUACAUACCCGAGACACAGCUGGGCUUCGUCUCGAAGGUGUGCAGGGAUCCGAGGUACCGGCACACCUUCUACGACCACGCCCUUCACGCGCGUGUCACGUACAACAAGGCUACGGAGAGGCUGUUCGUCUACGACGACGCGCAAUCACUGCGCUACAAGCUGUGUCUGUCACGUGCCCAGUACAGCACUAUCAAGUACGGCGUCGCCGUGUACAACCUCGAGUACGCCAACGACGAGGGCUCCUGCGGGAACGGCAUCUACUCGCGCCUGAGGACCGUCCGCCAUUUGCUAUCCUUCUUCCAGCACAACUUCACGUCACCGAGCGACGCGGAUCGCUGCUUUGUCUACUCCCCGACACCGGCGAAGACGCCAGAGUACAAGAACAAACAACCUCCGAUGCCCAAGUCUCCGCUCAUCUGCACGUUUGGGGAGUUGACAAGUGAGGCCACGGUGGUGCCGGAGGACGGCCUCUGCGAUUACACCUUCUACGACUCGCUCCAGAAGCAAGGCGGCAGCAAGCUGGCCGGACCGUUCGAGCCGGGUUUCGAGCGAUUCCUCGAAAUAAGCGCCAGGCACAGCAAGACUGAGUACGGCGUCGGCCUUGACUAUGGUGCCCUCGGCGAACUGGAGGUGUUGGUUCAAGAGCGCUCGACAAAAGUUCACCUGGACAACAUGUUCAGUCGUAAACUCUACCACUUCGGCUUUGUGAACACCGCCUUCUACUAUUUCAAUUUUGACAAGCUCGAAUCUAUGCUGAACGUGCUCAAGAAAGUCUCUGACCUGAUGGACGACAGGAGAAGUCCCACGAGACCCAUCUACACCGUAAUUGCGGUCGCUCUGAUCUCCACCGGCUGGGUCGACGCAGCAGUGAGCGAAUUCAGGAAGACAUUCACGCCGGAUGCUCUAGUGUCGGUGGGACACUACUUCAGCGAGGACAAGAACUUCAUGGGAUGCCUGGCCGUGCCUCCCACGCUCCUAGACGUGCCGCCGAGCGAUGACUACUACUACAGCUUGAAUACCGCGCACCAGGCAGCCAAGAUGGUGGACGACAAGCUCCCCAACAUGACCAAGGUCGUGUCCGUGGCGAUGUUCGGUCGCUGGUACAGGCCACUGUACCCGGAUCCGGAGGUUGUCGACAAGCCCGGCAGUUACUCACCACUGCAGGCCUGCUCGAUGAUUCCUGAAAGCCAAAUUGGCAACAUCGCAGACGUGUGCGCGCACCCCAGGUACACGGCAUCGUACCACGACAACAAAACCCAAUCUCAAGUUCUUUACAGCAAGAAGGCGGAAAGAAUGUUUAUUUACGACGACAGCGCGUCCAUGCGCAGCAAGCUUUGCCGCUGCAAGAGUCGAGCGAAGUCGCUGCGGUAUGGCUUGGCUGCAUACAACCUCGAGUGCGCGGACGGAGCCAACCGCUGCCAACGUGGCAGCUAUUCUCGCCUGCGAACGCUCAGGCACCUGCUCGCCUUCUUCAAGCAGGGGUCCUCGUCGUACAUUGACAUCGACGCGUGUGUCCGGGACCAGUGACCCUGCGUGGUCGUUCGGCCGAGCCCUUUCGUUCUUUUGAAUUGCAUACCGAUGCAAAUGCUGCUCACAAUGCAAAAAAAAAACGGAAGUGUGGCAGGCUAGUUUUUGCAAAGGACAGCUGACACAAUGUUUAGGACUAAAUAAAAUGCCUGCUGUUAAGUAA